UUCUUCCCUCCCUCGUUUCUGCGAUCCUGUAGUGUGCGUCAUCAGUCAAGUCAGUUUUGUGAUAAGGAGAAAGUGGAAUUUAUCAUUCGAAUUUGUGUGUGUGCUUCUACGCCAUUAGUUUUGUUGUUAUGUCGUACUAGCAAAAAACAUCGUGGGUAUAUUAGCUGCUCACAAACUUAGUUUGUUCCCUUUGCUGUAAGCCCUAACUAUGUCUUUUCUUGCAUCGGCAAGUUUUGGUACUUGCAUUUGAAGGCGUCUGGUCAGCCCUUGAGCAGGCAUUUCUGUUAGCCAAGCAUGUACUUCAACUAAAGAAAAGUUUCUGAAUACUGGUCUACAUUCUGAAUGCUUGUACUUGAAUUGAUUUAAUUAAAGUGGAAGAAAUGAAAUGUCACAAAUAAAUUUCAAGGGCUUAAUGGAAAAACCAGGUUUCAUCGAGAACUCGUAGCCUUUCUCCAGUCUGCAGAGACCAAAUAGAGGCAAAAGGCAUCAGUGGUACACCAACAUCUUCCAACAUGAACACAGUAAGCACUAUAAUUGAUCAACAAACACCAGUGAACAAUUCUGGCAGAUCUAGACCGCCUCGUGACAUCUCAUUAACACGUCUCAAAAGUUAUCUCCCUUCAGUUCACAAUUCGUCUGAGUCUCCUUUUAAGCAAGCUGUAAGAAUCAGCCAAAAUCUUCAAAGUCAACAAAACAGCAAUCUAGCAGGUUUACCCAGAACUGGCCAUCAUUCUCCAAUUCACAUAGAACAAACAGAAGCUAAAGGCGUUAGCAAAACACAAACAUCUUCUUUAUCCCAAAUAUCGGCUAAAUCGCCAUUUAAUCCUUUUCAAGAAAAUUCACAUCUUCAGGCCGAUCCAUUAUCUAUGUCACAACAAUCAGUGCUGAAUAGUCCAAUGAAUACUCUACCGCGGGCUAUUUUAUCUCCACUCAGCGAAACAAUCCACAACGUUCUAAACACAAACAUCGAUCAUGAGUUUACCUCUCUAUCUUCCCCAUUACCGACAACGGCCAACACUACUGUUCCAUCUGCUUCAAUUUUGCCAACUCCUGACAAUUCUCACGAAUUAGACACAUUAAUCAGCAUAAUCGUUAAAAAUGUAGAGAGCAAAUAUGGUGAUAAGUUCAAACUCUCAAUUACUCAAGAGACAGGCUUCAAUGAGGCAAUCCAAAAAAUUAAAACCUUGUUCAGCUGCCAGUCCUCUUCAUCAUACCUACAAAUUCAACAACUAGAAAAACUAGAUCACCGUAUUUCUACACUCUCAGAUAAAGUUGAUCCAACACAUAUUAAGAACUUAGAGCGACAAAUUAUUAGGAUAUCAGACCAGCUAGACGAGCUUAAACAAUCUUGCCAUACUCCAACUUAUAGCGAAAUCGCCAAGAGACAGUUUCCUCCCGCACCUAUUAUCAUCACUGCUGAAGACGACAGAUCUGGUGAUGACAUCGUCGAAAUCAUAAAUGAUUCUACAACGCUACCAAUUGUGAAGAAGGUUUUCAAGACAAAGAAUUUCGUCGAAAUUAAGUUUCACGAUCAUGAGGCAAUGACUAAAUUAACAAAUAGCAUCAAAAAUAAGCUCGAAUUCCACGACAAAGAACAACGCCUUACCUCACUUAUAAUUCUGAAUGCACCAGCUCUCUUUGAUGGCAACAGUAUAUCCAACAUCCUCCAGCAUUUCAGUGAAUCAUCAUUUGACAAUACCAUCACCUACACAAAGUCAAUACCUCACAAAAAACAUGUUGACAAAAACAUAUCAUUGUCAAUGUAUCGCAUAAACUUGCUCAACAACUCCUGAGGACAAAACACAUCUACAUAGGCCUUAACAGAUGCAUUGUCAAAAAAGAAUUCUACUUCGACGCUGCACAUGGUGUCAAGGUCUUGAUCAUUCCACCCACUCUUGCACUCAAGAAUUCGCCACUUGCUCUAACUGCGGAGGCGACCAUCACACAAAUGAAUGUCACUCCAAAAAUUUUGCAUCAACUGUUGGCACACCAAUACCUUUUUUGGAACCAGCCAUAAUCCUUAUCAUCAAGUCUCAGACAUCACUUGCCCUGCGCAUCGCCAGGCCCUCCUUGAAUUACGAUCUCAUUCUAAUGAUUAUUAAAUGUUACCACCUUCUAGCUAUAACUUCUCAGUCUCUUCACAAUCUAUUCACUUAUGUCUCUUGAAUAUAUCUAUAGCUAGAGAAACUUUAUAAACUUUUUUCCUCAUUGCAUACGUUUUAUAACUGACUCUUAUUUUUUAUUUUUAUUUAUUUAAUAUUUCCUUUCAAAAUUCUUGCUAUCCAGCCUCUUUGAGAGCCUUACACUUUCGACAGCUGUCAAAAUAAUCUACUUAUGUUUUCCAGUUACUAAUCUACAUUUACUUUCUUGAACUUAACAAGUGUAUCAAAAUUCCUAUGCCUAUCUCGAUGUCGCAAUGCUCUGCAUUUAUUCUGUUAUUUAUUAUUUAUUCUGUUUUAUGUAUGUUUUGUCUGUAGAAUGUUUGUUCUACUCUCGUGUGCCCUGAAUAGGGCGGGACGAGGUAUCAAUAAACAAUUACUUUAUUUAAGGGAAGUCGAGAAACUUAAGAAAUGUAAAGUGUACAAUUUUUUCAUCAUUUGCAAUUUUAAAUGUCAAAAUACAAAGUUUAAGCAAAAUCGGUCAAAUAAGUCAUGAGAAAGAAAAAAAAACUCCUAUUUUUCGAAAUUUUGUCCCCUAACUUCUUCAUUUUUAGUGUCCAUUUUUUGUGACUUAAAUUUCGUAACUAUGAAAGCAAAUUUAAAUUGUAGGGGAAAGAAUGUUUCGCGUUGGUAAACAAUAAUCAAUUAACUGUGUAAAAGGUUAUUCGUAGCAGGCGUAUGUCAAUAUGCAAAAAGCUUUUGCAGGGCGAAACAGAAAUCUUGGUAGAAAGUGUACUUUCAGCUUUGCAGAGAAACGAAAACAUAGGCAGACAAACAGCAGCCAUGUGUGGCAAUUUUUUUUAAAAAAUUUAAGUUAGUUAAUAUUUGUUUCUCAAAGGCAAAUUUAAAAUUUGUAAAUUGAAAAAUAAUUACAAAUUUAAACUAUAUUGUUUGAAUCUUAUAUUUUAAGCCGAUAGACUUACUCUUUUUCUCAAAUGGAGAAAUUAGCAUUUUGCCGGACAUAGAUGUUCACUUUAAAAGCAUCUUUGAAAAGAAAAAGGAGACGCAAGGAGAAAUUUUAAAAGUCUCUUUGUAUUUAUUUACAAUAUAUAUUAACGUCGAGUCCCCUCAUUAAAAUAGCCUUUUUUUUGUCCGUAAAAUUAUACUAUGUAACAUUAAAAAAAAAAACAAUUCGAAUUUUACAGUUUUA